AUGAACUCUUGUUCCUUCCCUCUCUUCCUCUUUGUUAUCUUUCUCCGGUGUUUAAGUUCCACGGGAGCUGCCACAUGUCAUCCUGAUGACAAAGCGGGUCUUUUAGCUUUCAAAUCGGGUAUAACCCAAGAUCCUUCGGGUAUUCUCAGCUCAUGGCAGAAAGAUAUUGACUGCUGCUCCUGGUACGGUAUCUUUUGCCUCCCUACGAUUCAUGGCGACCGCGUCACCAUGAUGGCAUUAGACGGAAAUACGGAUGUUGGUGAAACCUUUCUCUCCGGCACUAUCUCACCGUUGCUCGCCAAACUCCAUCACCUCAACGAGAUUCGCCUCACCAAUCUUCGAAAGAUCACUGGAUCUUUUCCCCACUUCCUCUUCAAAUUACCAAAGCUAAGGACUGUUUACUUAGAGAAUAACCGUCUCUCUGGUCCCCUUCCUGCCAACAUCGGUGCACUAAGUAAUUUGGAAAUUUUGAGUGUGGCGGGAAACCGGUUCAGCGGUUCGAUCCCAAGUUCGAUGUCUAAGUUAACUAGCUUACUCCAACUCAAGCUCAACGGUAACCGCCUUUCUGGCAUCUUCCCAGACAUAUUCAAAUCCAUGCGGCAACUUCGAUUUCUUGAUCUCUCCAGCAACAGAUUCUCUGGAAACCUUCCUUCAUCGAUUGCAUCUCUUGCACCGACUCUUUCUACCCUUGAGGUGGGCCAUAACAAGCUAUCGGGGACUAUCCCGGACUAUUUAUCGAGAUUCGAGCUUCUCUCCGCAUUAAAUCUCUCUAGGAAUGGGUACACAGGGGUCGUGCCGAUGAGUUUUGCCAAUCUGACCAACAUUAUCUUUCUUGAUCUCUCCCACAAUCUGCUUACCGGUCCAUUCCCUGUCUUGAACUCAUUAGGCAUCGAAUAUCUACAUCUUUCGUACAACCGAUUUCACCUUGAAACAAUCCCCGAAUGGGUGACCUUGUCGAAGUUCAUCUACUCAUUGAAGCUUGCAAAAUGUGGGAUCAAAAUGAGCUUAGACCAUUGGAUGCCAGCAGACACCUCUUUCUACCAUCACAUUGAUUUUUCGGAAAACGAGAUCUCAGGGAGUCCAAUAAGGUUUUUUAACCAGAUGGAUUUUAUGGUGGAGUUCCAUGCACCGGGGAACAAACUCCAGUUCGACUUGGGGAAGCUAAAGUUUGGAAUCUUCUUGAAAACCCUGGAUUUGUCAAGGAACUUGGUAUUUGGGAAGGUACCGGUGACGGUGACCAGACUGCAGACACUAAACUUGAGUCAAAACCAUCUUUGCGGAAAGCUUCCAUCGACAAAGUUCCCGGCUAGUGCUUUUGUCGAUAACAAGUGUCUUUGCGGCUUUCCACUUUCUCCUUGUAAAGCUUAGGGACAAGAAAAGCACAGUUUUGUAUUUGGAUUUAUUAUGACACGUAGCUCCAAAUAAAAUUUGUGUGACUAUAAUAAA